AUGCAACACACUCAAAGUCAACCACCAAAACAAAAUUUAUUAUUUUUUCCAAGUUACAUUGAUGAAAAUAAGAAAGACCAAUCACUGAGAAACUCCUUACUUUCUUCAGAAGAGUACAAUACAAAAUAUUAUUUCUGUCCAAUUUCUAAAAUUUAUCGUACUCCUCCUAUUCCCUCUAAACGAAUAACUCAUUAUCAAAAACUAUUUGUUGAAGGAGUUCCUCCACCAACUGAUGAAUUAGAGAAGAGGUUUGUUGACAUGAAAUUGAUAGGAACCGGGAGCUACUGGAAUGUCUAUAAAUGUUACGACAAAAAAACUCAACAAAUUAAAGUUGUUAAAGUCUCCAUUCGAACAAACCAUUCAAUUAACUACAAAAAAGAAUGUAAUUCAAUGAAAAUACUUCAAAACAAAACUAUGUAUCUAGCAUUAAAUGAAGAAAUGUAUUAUGAUUCAAUAAAUUUUUAUGCUAUUAUGCCAAAGUUUGAAACAACAGUCUGGGACCUUUUAAUAAAGAAAGAAAUGAAUAACAAUGAGAUUGUUUUUACAAUGUGGUGUGUUCUUAUGGGAUUAAAAAUAAUGAAUAUUCAUGAUUUAGUUCAUCUUGACGUUAAAUUAGAAAAUUUAUUAAUUGAUAAGAAUGGGAUGGUAAAGUUAGGUGAUUUUGGUACAUCAACUAAAGUAGGAGAAGUUGUUGAUUCAGAUGAAUGUGGUGAAGGAAGAUAUUUAGCUCCGGAAGUGCUUCAAGGACACGCACUGUUUGAAAGUGAUGUUUAUAGCUUAGGUAUUUGUUUAUUUGAAAUGGUUAGUCGAAAAAUAUUCAAUCCAUUGAGUUUCAAGGCUGAGUUUGGUGAUAGGAGUUUACUUAAAUUCUUUAAGAAUGAGGCACUUCGAGAUAUGUUUCUUAAUUUUACUAGUUCUGUUCCAACUAAAAGAGGAACUCCAAGUUUAUUGGUCAAUUACACAAUAUUUGAAACUAAUGAAAUUAUGUCAAUUCAACUAUAA